AUGCUUCUCUAUUACUAUUUUCACUCCAUUACUCAGCUUUUCGGGUACAUCUUUGACCUCCUCUGGGAGCAAAUCAAGGGACUUGGCUAUGUCCUGAAGAGGAGACGGAAUGGCAAUGAAGAUGAAAGUCAUGUUCCCCAGACAAAACGUAGUACCAGGAAUACUGUCCUUCAGGACUCUUGGGACACUGAGAAGGUGGCUGUAACGAAAAACAGUAAGGAACACAGACUAAAAGGAAACAAAGUGUCCUGUGCGUCCUCCAGCAGCGAUAGCGGCAGCAGCAGCAGCUGUAGUAGCAGUAGCAUCAACAGCCCUGACAGAGCGUGCGGUGCAGAAACCAGCUUAAACCCGAUAAUUGCAGGAUCCAGUCCUGUCUCCUCUCAGUCCUUCCAUGAGCAGUCUGCACUAAGCCAAGGUCCUUACUUCCACAUCAACCAGAUCCUGAAGGAGGCACACUUUCACAGCUUACAGAGCCGGGGACGCCUUCCUACAUGAUGAACCAGCAGUUCCCUGCCUUCUGUGAAGGGACAGCACUGUGUAGAUUUGAUAUUUCAACUUAAAAGUUUGUUAAAAUGGAAUUGCACAAAACGCCUGUUGCCUUUUCAGUCUAUAUUUGAAAUAACAGGUUAACAGGAAAUUGUUUACUUGUGGUUUGCUGCACUAUUGCAAUGCAAAAGGGGCUUUGAAGCAAUUUUUAUAGGAUUGUUUUUGGGGUGGUUAUAAAGUACGUGUCAAGAGAAGACUGAGGAAUCCACAUCUGUGUUAUAGGAUUGCAAAAUGUCCAAUUCCAAUCGACUGCCUAAUCUGUUUGUUAGCAAUUUGUUGCUUUAUGUAAAGUUCUCCCGAACGUUCAUCUUCAGUUUUAUAAGUCUUUUUUUAAUUUCAAUAAACUAGUAAAAAAGUUAUUUGGCAACAUAAUUUUUUUGAGCAUUUAGAGUUAAUGAGACAGUAAGAAUAGGUGCCAUCACUGGAAGCCCUUAGAAAUGCCCCAGCUGCAAACUUUCCACCCAGCUUGGUGUGUGACGAGCCUUAUCUCGCUUGAUCUUUACUGCUGCGGUAUUGAAAAAAAGUAUGAAACUAGGCCCGGGAA